UGGCGCGCACUGUCAACCAAAAGAAAAAUCGAUCAGCUAAUCAUAAAGCACGCGACGAGAAAACGUAGAGAAAAGUGGGGGAAGACAUGGAGACACUAGGAAAUGCGAUUCUACGUGCUGUGUGCGCGUUAUAGUGUGUUCUCUACAUCCGAACGCGUCAUUGUUAUGGAUUAGAUAUAACAAUGGGUUGAUUUUUUUUUUCCCUCUCAGUGAAGUAACUAGAAUUAAUUUCAGUGAGUAUGUAAAAAUCUAGGUGAAUAUGGACGAUAUUAAGCGCUAUAACGCCAUGAAUAAACAAGAAAUUCACGUGAAAACAUUCAAAAGGAAAGAAUCAAAGAACAGUAUUAGCAAAUUGAUGGAGCUUUAAGAAUGUUAAAGAUCACUUGAUUUGAGUUUCAACAUUUUAAGCACCUCAACUAAUGGGACAUGGAGUGAAUGCAGAAUUGGACAAGUCCAGUCAAAGAACUUCAUUGAUUGAGCUUUAUGAAGUACAUGCCAAUGGCCCAACAUGCUUUUCAAUUACCAAGUCUUGUUGCACAGUGGGGGUGAAAAUACGAAUUGAUUUCUGAUCAAUAUCAGACAAUAAUAUAUCAGCAUUCAAAGGGCUCUAAAGUUUUAAAUAUAUUUAUUGAAGACAGCAGGAAAAUAAUUGAUUUCAUGUUUAAAUUAAAGUAAGUAAUAGCUAUUAUGAGUGAUUGAUUCUUGCGAUACUGUGUUCGGAAUGGCCAAAGUUGUCAUGAAAACUCAUGACCUGGUCAUUCUUUCAACUGGAUGCCGUGCCAAGUAACACAGUCAUGCCUACUUAUGCUGUGGCUCUGUCCUGGAUCGUUUUGUCUCCCGUGGCUUUCCUCAGCAACAUCCUCGCCAUCAUCUUUGUCCUGCACUACCGGCCUCUGUUUCACAGCUGCGACGUCGCGUUGGUGUCCCUCCUCGUUGCCAUGGCCACCGACGCCGUGUUCCUGUUCCCUGUCCAGGCGGUAGUGGAGCUGGGGGAGUUUCUCUGGAGCCAGGAGCUGUGUACUUUCUACGUGUGGCUGUUCGUCACCCUGAGGGCCUUGACCCUUCUGGUUAUUCUGAUGAUCAACGUCUAUUGGAUGGCUUCGCUGAGAGUGACCUUGAAAGGUCAGCUCUUCACCUCCUCCAAAUCUGCAAAGUUUUGCGUCUGCAUCUGCUGGCUGGCUUCCGUUCUUCUUGGGAUCAUCCCUGCCACAGGGGGCGUCGUCAUGUUUCAGUACUACGAGGACGGCGUCUGCAAGUUCCUUCCCGCCAAUAUCAGCUUUGGUUUCGCACUGGUCUUCACCAUCCUGCCACUGCUGUCGUUUAUCAUGGGUCUGAUCAGUUCCAUUGACUCUAUGCAGCUGUUCCGGCAGAUCAGAUCUAUCAUCCUAGCCAGAUACAACGCAGGUCGGUUCCGCCUGCCCAACUCGACAUCCGGUUCCGACCGUUCUGCGCAUGCCAAGUAUAACGAGCUGAACGUUUCCACAGAUCUCUGUCGUCUGGUGAUAGCCUUGACCCUUGUGUCGUCUGCUUUGAAUGGAUUACCGUUGAUGGUGGCACAGUUCGUACAGAUGAUUCAAGACUAUGACCGUGUUUCCAUGGAGACGACGCUACUCUAUCUUCUUCUAAUAGAGGCUUUAGUAGUGCCGCAUCUGAUUUGGUUGCUAAGCGACAGGUAUCGCCAUGCUGCCGCCUAUACGUGGAAAGUAUUUGUCCAAAGAGAUAGCAGCUAUAGAGAGGAAGAUGCGGCCUCAUGUGUACUCCAGGCUUUUAGAUUCCAGGUGAAAAGUUCAAGUCCCAGACGUCACGCUAAUGGAUCUGGACCACCGAAGGUAAAUGAGAACGGUAAUGCAACCAGCAUUGAUGAGAAUGAACUGAGUAUGAUUGCGUCCCCUGGAAACAACUUGGGCCUUGUCAAUCAUCAGCGUUCCUCUAGAAAUCAGCAAGGCUCAUCGGACUCCACAAACGGCCGUCUGAGAACCAUAAUGACCACUGACCUGGACGACGGGAUGACCGUCAUCACUCACGUACCAGCCCUACCCUCUCCUGAUCAGGAAAUCCAUCUUUACCAGACCCUGAUGGUCCCUGGUCAGGCGGAAGCAAAUGGGAUGAAACCAAAAGAAGCGCCGAAAAAGUCACCCAGAAAUUUUGCUAGUAACAGUAAGAAGCUGAAGGUUAACGGAAGUGCGAGCUCGCCUGCCCUUGAAUUUCCGCAGACAUCAUCUGCAGACGUCUCAAGGUCACCGUCCUCGAGUUCAAGACAGGAAUGGAAAGAGAAAAUGAAGAAAAAAUAUCUUCCUGCAGUCUUGUUAGACAAAUCGGCAGACGAUAUAGCAAUCUCUUCCAAAUCUUUUAAAGGUGACGAAAUGCAUGAACAAAACGUUUACACGGAUAUUGACAUUUCUUAUGAAGCUGCCCUAAAAAAGGCGCCAGUAGUGCAUUCUCCAAGCACGGAGAGUAACUACUACAUAUCAAGUGACUAUCACUAUUCCUAUUUGGCAGAUUCGGCGACGUCUGCAACCCUGAAGAAACAGAUGUCCUCCCAGGACGAUGGCAUGUAUGAAUCGUGCGACAUUGUUAGCGUUUUGGGUGACACGCAAGCUACACAGGAAACAGUGGUUGCUGAAGACAUCUACGCAGAGCCAAUAAAGAACUCUUCUGGCAGCGCUUCUGGUGUCGUUUCUACGUCCAUAUCAGCAAAACACCCUGUCGACGCCUAUGAUAGUUCAGUUACUAAAAAUACAUUUUAUUCAGAUGUAACAACACUGGGUUAUGUAAACGCUGGGUUCGAAGGUCAUCCUGACUUAACUAGGUUCAAGAACAAUGUUAUUGCUGUUGAGUUUGAGGAGAGGGAAGAUGAGAUUCUGGCAGCACUGCAAGCAGAGAACUCCAAGGAGGUGAUUGAAUCAACAACGACUCUCAAGUCUUUCAUCAGGAGAGACAAUUACAGGAAAUUUCUUCCCUACACAAAUUUAAUCAUUUCAAGUGUGGACGUGGAAGAAGAACAAUCUGUUGAAAGUCGUGAUACAGAAACGAAAGUAGAUAUUGCUUCUACAGGAGAAAACCAAAGAGUGACAACUUUUGGUGAUUUUCCAGCUGUUUCCAAAAAGCUAAACGGUAGUGACAUCCCUUUGACACACCAAGGCGAAGACGUCAAAACGGCGCACGAAGAUAAGGGAAGCAACUUACCUCACGACGACUAUAAUCGCUUGGAGACAGUCAGCGGUACAGAGAUGUUGAUGUUGAAAAUGAAGAAGGUGAGACAGGCUAUUGCCAUGGAUUCCACUGACGACUCAACUUACAGUGGGGACAGUUCCAACGACUGGUCAUCAGAAGUCAAUGACCAGUCUCAAGCCCAAGAUUUGCCUUUCAGUGAGAAGGUUGACAAUAAAUCAGAUAACUCUCUCUCCAGCGUCGCAAACAAUCUGCAUCCAAAAUCUCAUGUCAUUGAUGAGAGUCUACUGGAUACCUCUGACGCUGUGAAAAUGCCUUCAGCUAAAAUUCAUUCUAAUUUUCAUCUUCAUGAAAAUGCUAUUGAAAACAAAACUUUGGAAAACAAUUCCGCUUCUUUUUCUGACCUACCAGUUAAAGCAACGCAGAAAUCGAAACAAGCAAAUUAUUCUAGUAAUCCAUUCUUAAGAGAAUCAUUUGAACAAAGCAUGCAAUCGUCACAGUACAGCACCAAUGUUAACAGCAACCCAUUUUUCAGCUCAGACGACAUAUUUAUUGGUCCAGAGUUUGUUUCAAGUUUUCCAAGUUCAACAACUUUGGAAAGUUCCAAUGUAAACUCAACCUCGACAGCCAGACCAAAACCAAAACGACAGAGCAGUUCUAGACCAAGGCACACGUCUUCAGAAGAUGAGCUGGAUUCCAUCUUUGACGAACGCGAGGAGGUGUUUCCUGGCUCGUCCAAGAACCCGUUCUUUACUUCCAAAGUAGAGGAUGUUGAUACAGCGCAGAAUGAAAGCGACAGUGACGCUAGCGAUAGGUCGGUGAUCAUUAAGCCUUACGGCAGGCGAAGGCCAGCAUGGAUGGAAGACCCACUGAUGACAACCAGUCAAGGGGAUUCUUAUGCAGACCUUCCCACGUCAGAGUCGGAUACGGACACUUUAGGAGAUUCAAACCAUUUUUCUACUUUCUCCAUGACAGUGACAGAUGACAGCUCCCAUGGCGUCGUUGAGUACGACUUUGACGCUGUGAACAUUGGCGGGGUGAGUAACAAUAACCCAAACACGGUAAACUACUUACGCGCGCUCAAAGCCGCUCACCCCAACGUGGUACAGUAUCAAUUUGAUGAAGAAAUUGAGCGAGGAUUUGAAGAUGCCCUAGCCGUCAACUAUGCCUCCUCACACAGCCUUUCCUUUGGUGGGUUGGGCUUAUGCUUUGAAUCCAUCAAAGAAGAGCCAGAAGAAUCCCUUUCAGAAAGCCUCACCAGCCUGGACGGUGUGGAGCUGGACCCGAAAACAAUUUUCAAGACCCAGGCGGUGGUGUCAAGGCCGCCGUCCAGGGCGAGCAUUACAAGUCCAAGUCUUUCAUACCCAUCUCAAGAGAUUUUUCAAGAGAACUUCGAAGAAAGUGCAACUAGCUUCCUCCCAACGUUCGAGCGUACAUCUGCCGAUGGAAGCGAUGACGUCAUCUAUAAAACUAAUGGAAACACCACCCCGCCGAAGCCCCCCUUAGAUCCCUGGGGAUUCGCUCUUCCCGUUGUCUCUCAGAGACAAGGCAUUGCGUCUCAGCCUUUUAGGUUUUCUGUUGACUUUGACGAGGAGAAUGGCGACAUUGAACGUGCAGACGACAUAGUUACGUCAUUGGCCUUAGAACCGGAAAGGACUAACCCCUUCAAACAAUCCGAUUGGGCUAAUGAAUCUCAAACAAAUCCUUCACAGGGCUCUAUGGGGAAUAACUCGUUAGGGCCAACACAAGCAAAGGAUCCUCCUACUCCUAUUAAUACAUCGAUCAACUCGGCCUACUUUUGAAAUACUUAAUGAUAUUGAGAUUAGUGAAAACUUUAAAGAUAAUUGUUGUAAGUAUUCUAAUGGAAAUAGAGACAUGACAUAAUUGCGUUCAUUUGAAGGAUAUUUUUAAACUGUUAUUCUAACACACCUACCAUUCUGCUUUCAUUCAUUGUAAUCUACCUGCAAUUAAAUUAUCUUCUUUGUUAUAAUCUAAUGUUAUCUUUUUUUUUCUUCACAAGUUGUUUGGGUAUAAGAUAAGAUGUCUAUUAAUUGCUUCUCUUGCCCUUACGUUGAAAACGAUGAUGUGAUGUAAUUUAUUAAUUUAUUUGAUGACAAAAUGUUUUAAAAAUACAAUUAGUUAAUACUUCCUAAGACUUCAACCUACAUUCUGUUUAAGUCUUUAUGUGAAGGUAUGUUUAUAUAUAUUUGUAUAUAUUAUAUAUACAUACAAGUGCAUUUGUGAACAUUUUGUAAUCACAAAAGAACAUUUUUUUUUACCAAGAAAUAGCAGGUUAGGAUUGAUAAGAUUUUGUGUAUAAGAUGAAGGAACACCUGUAAUUUAAAAAAUAAAAAAACUACAUUUAUUAAUAGGAUUUGACUUUGCAUAACGUCCAUAUUAGAACAUGGAAAUGGGGAUACUUAUGUACAGAGCUGUGUUGUCAUUUUUUAUAGUUAGGAAGAGUUUGAAUAUUUAAAAAUAUCUUGUUCUACUUCCUAUAUUGCCCCCUCUAAAGGUGCUUAAAAAUACAAAGAGCUGAGGGACAUAUGUAGUUUAAAACAAUUUGGUGGGAUAUGGUCUUUGGCUUAACAGUUCUUCCAACUAGUUAUGCCCUUGUCCAGAUAGGUUUGCUUUGCAUAAAAGUUUCUAUUAAAAAAAAAAGGUAACAAUUUCCUGCAGCAUCAUCUUUUGUACAAGAUUAAACUCUGUUAUCUCCCUUUUUUUUAUUUUUAUGUACAUAUCUUGGUUUAGGAUGUGAUGUUUUUAAUACAGGUAAUUUUAUUUUUGUCACUAGCAUAAAAAUGAAACUAUUGAACACAAGAUGACUUAACAAAUACUGAAGUUCACAUUUGACUGUAGUCAUAGUUAGGAGAUAGUUAGGAUGGCUGCCUGGUCGUGCGGUUUGCUCGCUGGACUGUCGUUCGGAUUUAUCGACGGUCGAGGGUUCAAACCCUGCCCGCUCCCAUCCCCCGUCGUCCUGCGGGAGGUUUGGACUAGGAAGUAAACUAUCUUCAACUCUGAAGGAACAUCCGAAUUAUGUAAAACAUUU